AUGGGAUCGGGCAGCUUGACUGCUCCUCCUGCUGAGGAACCUGAAUUGACCUUCUGGCGGAAUAGUGCAUCAGCAAGUAUCAAGCCCAUCCAACCAGUACACCGUAAUUCCAAGCGAGCUUGCUCAAGUGCUGCCACAAUUCAUCAACACCGCCACCGUGCCACACACACAACUGGCAUGUAUGGUCGAAACAAGCGAGUGCAGAAGGCUUGCGAGCAAUGUCGAAUGAGAAAGUCCAAGUGUGACACCGGAUUUCCAUGCAGGCGAUGUAAGGACCAUGGUCUAAUUUGCACGGGCGGUAUCCCAAGUAAGAGUAAAUACAAGCAAGUACCUAAAGGUUACGCGGAGGUUCUCGAGACCACACAAUCCGUCCUCGUUAUGACCACCCGCAAGCUUUACUUCAAGGUCCGAAAUAACCAGUCUUGGGACCUCGGUGAGCCCGAACUCGAUCACAACGGCCAACCGGUAAUCCACAGCAUUGCCCAGAAGCUCGGGUGUAUCCACCCUAACAACGAAAUCGACCUGUCUGAGUACUCAUUAUUCCCUGAAGACGAAGUCGGUAUGGAUGAGUUUGCACAACAGCUCAACGAUCAGCAAAUCGAACACAAGCCUCGGAAGGAGCCUAUGAAGGACGAAGACUCAUCAACGAGGAACCGAACUGAGCGAGCGUCGCCAUCGAAGCUCUAUCAUUCCAAUGUCGAGCACGAUUACCAGGAGGCCGCAUUUAGUGACAUCAACACCAUAGCUCUUUCACCACAGAAUUUCAUAAGCAGCGCCGGAUUUGACUUUCCCUCCCUGCCACCCGAGGUUGAUUCUUCGACUCUGUUGCAAUCCUCUGCAAUGAGCAAUUUUGCCGCCUUGCCAAUUGCCAAGCCCCAGCCUACCGAUCUUAAUUUGACCUACUUCCAACAACGAAACGGUAUGAUGGCGAGCAUGAGCUUGUUGAAUCAGGGCCAUGUGGAGUUUGAAGUCGACACCAUCAUGCCUCGCGUCCUUUUACAAACCAGUCCUGAGGUUAUUCUAAGCAUGGACGAUUCCAUGUCAUCUUCUGGCUAUGCCGGCUAA